AUGAUGGCACGCCGGUUCAUGUGUCUGAUAUCUUGCGAGUGGAAUCAACCCCAGAGCAGGAAACCCGAGUGCAUCCUUCCUUUGAUGGGCAUCUGUUACAUGCUGCAAUUUAUGGAUAAGAUAACCCUCUCAUACGCUACCCAACUCGGCAUCCUCACAGAUCUUAGACUUCAUGGCUCACAAUAUAGUUGGACAUCGUCAAUAUUCUAUUUUGGAUACCUCUUUUGGAGCUUUCCCAGUUCAUAUCUCGCGGUGCGAGCCCCGCUGGCAAAAUACGUCGCCAGUACAGUAGUGCUGUGGGGAAUUGUGUUGAUGUGCCAUGCAGCGACCAAAGACUAUGCCGGCCUGAUGACUGUACGAUUCUUCCUAGGAGUGACGGAGGCCGCAGUGAGCCCAGGUUUCUCUUUGAUCGUAGGGUUAUUUUACAAGCGCGAGGAACAACCAGCGCGCAUGCUCAUCUGGUUCUCGGGGAAUGCUGUCGCUAAUAUUAUCUCUGGUCUUGUCGCUCAUGGGAUCGGAGAAAUCAACACCAGCAAGGUUGCGACUUGGAAGCUUCUUUUCCUUAUUCUAGGCGCAGUGACCACCUUUUGGGGUAUUGCUCUGGUCUUAUUGCUUCCCAGCUCUCCAUCGGAAGCAAGGUUCCUCACUCCAGACGAAAGAGCUUUAUGUCUGCAGCGUACAGUCGCAAACAAGACCGGUAUACUGGAGAAGUCCGAGUUCAAGGCACCCCAGAUGAUGGCAGGCCUCCUGGAUCCUCAGGCUUGGCUCUUGUUCUUGAUGAUGUUUACGGUUUCUGUUGCUAAUGGCGGUAUUUCCGCGUUUGGAAGCAUUAUCACCGCUUCUUUCGGAUUCGAUCCCCUCACAGCGGUUCUCAUGCAAAUGCCAUCUGGCGGUUUUCAGCUCGGCGCCAUGGUCCUAUCCUCUAUCCUAGCGGCAUAUACCAAAAUCCCACGUACUAUUAUUAUGGCUUUUAUGACUAUUGUCUCACUUGUUGGUAUAGUAAUGGUAUAUGCUAUACCAUCACAGCAAAAGUGGUCACGCCUAGGAGGAUCGUGGAUUACAACGACAUACGUCGCCAACAUCCCAUUGCAACUCAGCCUUAUCACAUCGAACGUGGGAGGAUUUACCAAGAGAUCAACUGUGUCGGGCAUGCUUUUCGUUGCAUAUUGCACAGGGAAUAUUGUUGGACCGCAGUUCUAUUCGACUGAUCAGGCUCCGAGAUACUCUAAAGGAAUCAGAGCAACGCUGGCUGGAUAUGGAUUGGCCACCUUCUUUGUUUUCUCCUUGUUCCUCUAUUAUAUCUUCGAGAAUAAGCGACGCGAUGCGAAGCACGGCUUGCCAGCUGAUGUGUCGGGAUCUGAGGAGCAGGAAUUGGAAGUUUCGAAUAAGACAGACCGCGAGUUGACAGAUUUCCGAUACAUACUGUGA